AUGGGUAAUACAAAGAAACAAGAUGAUGCAGAUCCUGUGACUGUCAAUCAUGACGACGUAAUUGCUGGCUUAAAGAAACAAGUACAUAUCUUACAGAAGGAGAAUGAGCAGUUGAAGCACACAGUGACUGUUGGUAAACCAGCUACCAGUUUAGAGUCAUCAGCUGAUGGAAAUAGUCUAUAUGCACAGCAAAUGAGGGCUGUCUUGCUGGAAAGAGAGCAGCUUGAAGAACAGGUCAGUAGAACUUUCCAGCUUUUCAGUGAACAUCUAGAAACAGAAAAACUCAAGACAGCAGUUAAUCAAGAGGAAUUGUUAUACCAGAACAACACACUGAACCAUGAGGUAGAAUCUCUCAAACAAGCAGUAUUAUCUCUUCAAGAACAGCUGGCAGUUGCCAGGGAUGAACCAACAGAAGCUGAGAGGCUGGAUGCCAUCCUGGCAGCCAGCAGAAAUUUUGAGGAGGUAAACUUUGAUGAGGAAGGUUUUGUUGAAGGCCGUGACAUGACAAAAGAAGAGUUCCUACAAGCCCAAAAUCAGCAACUGAGAACACAGUGUGGACACCUCACAGAAGAGUUAGAGAAACUCAGGGUAACAUUUGAUGCUAUUCUCAAGGCUGGGGAUAAUCUGCAGGCGGAUUAUGACCAUCUAGCUACAGAGAAAGAUGCCUUGCAUGAUGAACUAGAGGCAGCACUGAAAGAGAAAAAUGAUGUCAUUUCCGAAAAUGAACUGUUGCUCACAGAUAAUAAUGAACUUCAUGAAAAUCUUAAAAAAAUAGUCCAUGAGCUGGAAAAAAUGCAGGAAAAAUACCAGACAGCGCAGUCAGAAAUUGAAGAGCUGAAACGGAGUGUUACAGUCGCCAGCAAAGUAGGUGAAGUUGCCAGAUUGCUAGAGGAGAGGGAUAUCCUGCAACAGAGGUGUGCAGACUACGAAUUAACUUCACAAAGACUGAAGCAUGAUCAUAAUAUACUCCUGGAAGAGAUUCAGAGCCUGAAUGAGUCUGUGAAUCAGUUGACUAGCCAGAGAGACCAACUUAUGACUGACCUGGAGGAAAUGGAGCCCGUUUGUCAGCAGCAUGAAGCACUUCAGCUAGAGUACAGCCAGUUAGAAAUGGAAUUCGCUGAAUUGCUGAAAGAUAAAGAAACAUUAGAACAGCAAGUCUCAAAUAACAAUGAAGUGAAAUCAGAGAGUGGCCCUGUGAAAGGAACUGAAACUGAAGAUCUAGAAAUAACUGUCAGGCAACUGACGGCUGAGACACAGCAGCUGAUGAAAGAGAGACAAGAUCUGGAGGAUGUAGUGAAGGAUCUUGAGAAUGACUUGGAACAAUCAAAAGCUGCAUUAUUCUCUCAUGAGUUUGUCAGAAAUAGUGUCAGUGACGAUGACAAUGAGGAGAAUGAUAAAAAGGGUGAAGUUUUGAAAUACAAGGAAGAACUUGUGGAUCUCAAGAAACAAAUUUUACAGCUUACAAAAGAAGUUGAGGAAUGGGAGAAAAAACAUGAAGACACAGUGACCACUUACAGAACUCAUUUACUUAGUGCAGUACAGGGCCACAUGGAUCCUGAUGUGAAAGAUGCCUUAUACCACAUCAUUGAACUGCGAAGUAUGGAACAAUUUUGCUGA